AUGACCUGUGGAGUACAAAAAGUUGGAAAAGGAGAUUCGUCAUGCAUCGUAAGAAAAUCACAGUCAGCUAAAAUCGAUUCAUCUAGCAAAAAUUACGACUUUGAUAAUUCAUCUUCGAAAAUCUCAAAAAUUUCGACACUGAAAACAACAGAUAAAUCAACAAAGACAGAUAAAAAUACAGAUACUAUAUCAACAAUGGCCGAUAUUUCAUCAUUCCAUGAUACAAUGACAUCAGAUUUCAAAUUAGAAUCAACACAAGGAAAAACAAAAACAGAUACAGAUAAAAUUAGCCCUAAUAAAAGGAAAUCGGUUACUAUUACAGAUACUCUUCAAUCAACCUUAGAAAAAGCAAAAAGUAAUAAAGAUACAAAAGAAUUUACUGAUUUUAGUAGUGACACCGAUCUUCUUGCCACAAAUCGAACAUCUACAUUAGGUACAACUGAUCUCCAAACGAAUACUCAAACAAUGGGUGAUUCUCUCAUGAAAAGCAACACAAUUACAAAGAAAACAACAAUUUCAUGCAAAACAGACACAUCAACAAUUAAACCUGAUCCAAAUGCAAGUAGUUUAUAUGGAAGAAUUAAUAGUAGUCUUGAAAUUUCGGAUCAAAACAACAAACUUGCGAAAGAAAAAUAUAAGAAACAACUCGAAGAAGAAAACAGUCCAUACAAGAAGAUGAAAAAAGAACCAAUUCCAGAUCAAAUCCCAGAAUUCAUGAAAGAUGAAAGAAGAGAACUUAUUGAGCGUCGAAAAGAAGAAUCACUUCAACGACAAAAAGAAAGUUUGAGACGAAGUGAAGAUAUUUCGAAACAAUUAGAAGAAUCAGUCAGAAAACACGAGAUGACAGAUGAAAGACGUAAAGCAUUAGAAUACAAACCAAAGCCAUUAGAAGACAAAUCACCACGAUUCCCUAAAGAAGACAGAACAUCAUUAAAGUCAAAGCGAUUGGAAGAAGAAGAGAAAAAGCGAGCAUCUAAACAAAGUUCUAAGAAGAAAUAUGAAUUAAUACCAGAUGAAUCUGAUUUAAUCAAAGAAAGAAAACUCAAGAAGUUAAUAGGAGAACAAAAAUUAGAAGAAAUCGGUGAAAAAGUCCCUCCUCCACCUCCAAAAGAGAAGCAUCGUAAAAGAGUUGUUAUUGACGAAGAUGAUGUUGAUCCAAGGAGGUUAAAUAUGAGUGAAAAAGAUAAGAAGGCGUUCUAUGAUCCAGCAACAACAAAAGCAGCACAAUUACGUAAUCAAAUGAUCAGACAAAAGAUUGUUCAACAAGCAGAAGCAGACAGAGCUAAACGAGAAGAAGAAGAUGAACGACUUAGGAAGGAAAUCAAAGUUGCUGCAAGGAUCGAACCAGAUUUGCGGAAAUUACGAGAACAAAGUCAAGUUAAAACGAAAGAUAUUAAAGAACGUAGGAAAGAAGAAGAGGAAAAAAGUAAACAAGUUUCUAAGGAAACUCGAAAAAUGCUUAAACGAGUUGAAAAGAAUCCUUCAUUGUUUAACAGAGAAGGACAAGAACUAACAAGACAAGAAGCGCGUCAUCGAGCGAAAGUCAGCAGUGUUGUUAAGACUCAAGAACAAAUGCAUUGGGAUACAGUCCGAGCUCGAAGAGAAGCUAAAAAUGAAGAACUGAGAAAGAUGUGGAGCGGAAAAAUGUAA